UAACACUUCCUGUGUUUUUUUCAGCUGAUUUGUUGUGUGUGCUUAUUUUACCUUUUUAAUAACAUGUUUUAUAACCCAUUUAUACACAUGUGCGCUUUUAUUAAGCAAAGACGUGUGUUGUACUGUUGUAUGCUGUUCAUUGCUAGUUUGCAGAUGCCAGGAGCUUCGGCUGGAAAGAUGAAGAUUGUUGAAGAACCGAAUACGUUUGGGUUAAACAACCCUCUGUUAGCCCAGGCCAACAGGCUGCAGCCUGCAGUUACACCAUCUCCUGUAUCAGGUCCUGCUCACCUCAACAGGCUGGCUGGGAAGUGUUUCAGUUUCAUAGAAUCCACGUACAAGUACGAGUUCUGCCCCUUCCACAACAUCACGCAGCACGAGCAGUCGUUCAGGUGGAAUGCGUACAGCGGGAUACUCGGUAUUUGGAACGAGUGGGAAAUUGUGAAUAACACCUUUGUGGCCAUGUGGAUGAGAGGAGGAGACUCCUGUGGAACCAAGAGCAGACAAACUAAGGUCCUCCUGUCCUGCGGCAGUGCCAGUAAGCUGGCCCAGGUGUCGGAGCCGAGCACCUGCAUGUACUCUGUGACGUUUGAGACCCCGCUGGUCUGCCAUCCGCACUCUCUCCUGGUGUAUCCCACGCUGACAGAGACUCUGCAGGGAGAAUGGGAUGAGGCUGAACAGGCUCUCCAUGAUGAGCUCAUCACAGAGCAGGGCUACAACAAAACUUUGAAAAAAAUCUUCCAAGAAGCCGGCUACUUAAGAGACACAAAGGAAAAGCAGACAAAGGAGGACAGUAAAUCCUCUGCAAAGUCCGAGUUUGAUACGUUAGAAAGCUGCAAAGAGGAAUACCAGAAACUGUCUGAAGAGGUCCGGAGACUGACAGCGCUGUUGUCUCAACAUGGCAUCUUGGUAAGCAUUAAUCAAGACAACAGCCGGGCAGCAGUGACCACCACAGCCCCCCCUUCAGCGCUGACUGUGAAAGAGAAGGAGCAUCUCAGGGGGGACACAGGACUGCGCAGCGAUGCACUGAACUCACAAAAGGACCAAACUGAACACUAGGACAGCAUCCCAGACUGUAAUCCUUACCCAUCGCACCCUGGGCUUCUCGCAGACCCUUGCUUCCCUGCCUGCCAGCGACCACAUCAUGGGCUAGAAUCACAUCAUGACGACAGAAAGCAUCAACAGCGAAGAUGGCCCACAGAGGGGGUAUUGCCCUUCUGUUUAAAAUUGUAAAUAGCAUUUCUUUUGGUGGCAUUGGAUCCUAAGUGGGUUUCCCAAAGCAUAAAAACUCGUCCUGUGGGGUGAUGCUUAUGCCUGUCACUAUGGGUGGGGAAGGGGUGUGUGACUGGGUUAUAAUUACCAUUUAUCCUAACAAGCCUUAAGGGGCCACCUCUCUGAAGAAAGACAUCUCAAGGUGCUGUGAAGAAGACUUUCAAGAGGUUUAUAUUACAGAUUCUGCCAAAUCACGAAAGAUUUAUCUUGUAAAUUUUGUACAGCAGUGUGUUAAUUGUGUAGGGAAAUUGCUGCUUAAUAAUAUCGUGCUGGUAAAUAAAAUUACAGAAAGUGAUCGCUGUGAGUUUCUUUGCUGUGUUGUCAGGUGUAGGC